AUGUCCAAGCCAGAUGCCACAUCCUACGCAUACACUCGUUGGAAAUGGGCUCAAAUAAAAGGCUGCCUGCCUGCGACAGAUGAGGCUCAGUGGAUCGUGACCUGCAAGCCGCUCCCUUUCAAAGAGACAUUCGCCACAUGUGAUCCCGACACGAACGAAAAGGUGGUCGAUGAGAUGCUGCCGAAGGGUUUGCCAUGGUCAGCGUGA